UGAAUGAAGUAUUUCUGCACCUCAAGUAAACCCAUUUUCCCCCUCUGGUCACAUGAGCUUAUUAGAAAGAAUUAAUGAAUUCUGCAGAUUCUUGCACACAAGGAAGUCCUGCACUGACUGACAAAAACAAACAUGUCUAAAAGUGAUGAGUUGUAAACCCGAACAUUUUAGCAGAGAAGAUAAAGUGUGUGAGGCUGAAACGACGAUUCGCCAACAAAAACCUGAGUUUUGGUUGGUUGCAGUCCCUCACACCCACUGAUCACAAGCGGGGUUUAAUCCCUCGCUGCUUUCACAGUUUACUGCACCGGACUUUGGCUUCUUCUUCUCUCCGAAAACAAAGCGCUUCAGCAAACAGCAGACUCAAACAUGUCCCUCCUCACCCACCUGCUGGCGUGCCUGUUUGGUAUGGGCUCCUGGGUCUCCAUCAACGGCUUGUGGGUGGAGCUCCCUCUCAUUGUCCCGCAGAUCCCAGAGGGCUGGUACCUGCCCUCCUACCUCUCCAUCCUGAUUCAAAUGGCGAAUGUCGGGCCUCUCUUCAUCACCCUGAUGCACCGUUUCCGCCCAGGCGCUCUGAACGAGACUGCCGCCAUUUACGUGAUCAUCAGCCUGGGCACCGUGGCAACUUUCCUGCUGGGCUUCUUUUGGAAGGAGACGGUGGUUGUGGCGGGGGCUCCUCGCAGUGUGGCUCUCCUGGUUUUGACUUUCUUCCUUGCUCUUGUCGACUGCACCUCCUCUGUCACCUUCCUCCCCUUCAUGAUGCACCUGAAGCCACAGUAUCUCACCACCUACUUUAUAGGAGAAGGUGUGAGCGGCCUCCUGCCCGCCCUGGUGGCUCUGAUCCAGGGGGUGGGUGUCGUGCACUGCAAGAACAGCACACAUCAUCUGAACCAAACCUUUCACACCUUCAGUAAUGUUGUUGAGACAGAGCUGCAGGCCCAAUACCAGCCUGCAAACUUUUCUGCAGAGGUGUUCUUCUUCUUCCUCAGUGCCAUGAUGUUUGUCUGCCUGCUGGCUUUCCUGCUGUUAAACUACCACCCUUCUGUGGCCAGAGAGCACCCAAACAAGAGAUACACCAACGGCAUUAAAGAGGCUUGUCAGAAAGGCAGGAUGUGCAACGAGCAGAGAUCCAUGAUUGAUCCUUACAGGCCUGCCAGGCAGAGGCGCAAAAGCAGCUUUGGCACCGGCGCCUACAGCUGGUGGCAGGUGUUUUACAUCUUCGUCAUUCUGUCCUGGGUGAACGCUCUGACCAACACAGUUCUGCCCUCGGUCCAGUCCUACUCCUGCAUGCCGUAUGGGAACAACGCCUAUCACCUGUCUGCCACGCUAGCUGCUGUGUCCAAUCCAGUGGCCUGCUUUAUCGCCAUGUUUGUCCCCAUCAGAUCCUUGGUGUUCAUGGGAGCUCUCACCGUGACGGGGAGUGCAGUUGGAGCUUUCAUAAUGAGCAUGGCUGUGCUGAGUCCAUGUCCUCUACUGGUGAAUGAUACCUCAGGUGGUGCCGUCAUAGUGUUGGCCUGGGUCUUCUUCAUUCUCUCUCUGUCCUACGUGAAGGUGAUCAUUGGCCUGAUCCUGCGAGAUGAAGGCCACAGCGCCCUCGUGUGGUGUGGAGCUGUGGUGCAGUUAGGCUCUCUGCUGGGAGCCAUCACCAUGUUUCCUCUGGUCAGUGUGUACGACUUCUUCACAUCAGGAGACCCGUGCAACACGAAAUGUCCCUGAAUGUGUUGCACUUUCGUUUGUUUUUAUUGUCACCUGAUUAAGACAUUUUAGGAAAAUGUGCAAUAGAUGUAUAAACAUAUUUGUUUCCAAAUUUUGUUUAAGUUUUUGUAAUAGUUCAGACACAUGUUGGCUUCUUUUCACUUAUUUAUCUUUUGCUUUUUGUUUUUCUAUUAACUCCAUAGACCAUUGUUAAGUGGUUGAUUGAGCAUACAAAAAAUAUGUAUAUAUUCUUAAGACAAGUAUAUAAAAUGUUGCCCCUGACAACAAACUGUGGUCAAACAAACGCUACUUGGGACGCUUUUCAAUCAGAUAUACCUCAUUGUCUUUGAGCUUUGUUUUUUUUAUUUUUAUUUUACAGCUUUGUCAUUUUUUUCCUUUUUGAUAAUUUUUUAAGAAUACUGCAUUGAUUUUAUUUACUUUUUAUGUUAGUCUAUAUGUUCAGUUGUUGAUCCAGCCUUUUUAGCUGAAAAUCAAGGUCCUUGACUCGACCACUUGCUUGUUUUAGAAGAAAUCUGGGAGGAAAAACUUAACUUUGUAAUAAACGGAAAAUACAUCAAGCAGUCGUAGUAGCAUUUCAUUCAGUUCAAUUAUCUUUAACUGUUGAAUUGUAAUGAUCUCUGUACUGUAGUGACCGUCAAACUACACAUUGAUGUCGCAGUGCGAUAAAAAUUGAUCUGGUGUACAGGUGAGAACGCAGACCAUCAUGCAAUUAAAGUACAUUGAGAUGUUUUGCUUCAUUUUUGUAAAUCAAUCUCUUUGUCUUCCAGAUGCUUCCUUUAGGGGUCAGCAGUAAACCAUUCACCUUCACCAUGAUCAACUUGCUGUAUCUUCCUCAUCCUCACCCCCAUAUCCUCCUUCUCUACAUUCAUUGACCUCCUUGGUCUUCUUUUAGGCCUCUUUCCUGGUGGCUCCAACAUCAUCCUUUUACUAACAUAAUCAUCGUCCCUCUUCUGAAUUCAUCUCAUUCUGGCUUCCUGUUAUUCUUUUUCUAUACUUUUUGUAAUUAAUCUAAAGUAUCUGUAGGUUUAAGAAUUAAGGCAAUACUAAAUAUUCUUAAUAUGAGGCCACAUACAUAUGGUACAGAGAGCAAAUUCAAAGUGUUAGGACAUAUUGGGAACAAUUUUCUACAUCCUGAUGCUUUUAACAUCUUCAUAUUCUUACUGUAACCAAAUUAAAAGAAAAAGAAGCUGGUUCCACUUGAGAAAUCAGUGUGAAAUUAUUUUUUUCUGUCAUUGUUUUGCGAAAGCUAACAUAUCUUUAACAGAUUUUUUCCUUUACAUUUCUUUUGUGGACAUUACAGUCUUAGAAACUUGUGUUUCUCUCUCUAUAGUGUCAAACUCAAUCGCACAGGCGGCCAAAAUCCAAAACACUUCUUAGGUUAUAGGC